UAGAACUUCUACAGUAGAAGCCCGUCAAUUGACGUGCAAAAUAGGCCCGUCGAUAAGCCCGUUACCCUAACAUUAGUGAAGUUAGCCUCUCCUGUUCUCUCUGCAGAGUGGAGAAAGGAAAGGAGAGGCUAACUUCUCAAAAAAGCCACCGACCCAGCAGCGAUACACUCGCCUGCUUUAUAUAGUUUAGAUAGACGACUGGAGGUGAAAGUUACGUUAGUCAAGUCUACAAAAUUUUAAUACCGGGCCGGUAUUACCGGCCGGAAACAAAUUGAAAAUGGAAGUAGAUAACUCAACAGACCUCACCACCAGUAAUGGCAAGAACUGGCCAGCAGUCAGUCAACCAAGAAGGAACUGACGAGCAGUCAAUUAGAAAUGCUGGAAAUGCUGUCAAAAAUACCAGAGUUGCGGGUUAAAAAUCAACAAAAGACUGAAACCGAUUUGACCAACGAGGAGAAGUUUGAUGCUCUGAGGGAGAAAUUCGUUCUAAGCCCUCUCACAUUUUUGACCAGCUUUGGAAAACAUUUCACCCAGUCGAAUCAAUUCCAAUGUUUGCGGGACAUACAAGACGAAGGUGUCGAAACAUAUUUGAAGCUAUUAGACAGAAACCUGAGCGGUGCUAAACUCCGUCUAAAGAACAGACGUUAUGCAGCUUUACAAAAAUUGGUGGACACGACAGAUUACUUUACAGAAGAAGAAAUGCAGAGACGAAACCCUAUUUUGUUUGACCAAUUAAUAGGAAAAUUUCAGUCAAAGGAAGAAAAGGAAGCGUUUGCAUCACGAUCAUAUAACACGGCCGCAUGUUCGAAAACUCCCCUGACGGAUUUGCUUAUGGCACAUAUGAACCGUAAUGAGCAGGGUGAAAGUUAUCGACGCCUUGAUCAAGAACAGCAAACAGCUGAGGAGGAAGAGGCAGACAAUGAAUAUUUUGAUGAUGAUGAAGAAAUGGACCAAGGCAAUUCACCAUCAAGAAGGAGCCAAGGGAAGAUUGUGGACGAGGAUGAUUGUGAAGAGAUUGAAGAUGAGGAGAAAGAGAUUCUAAAAGAAGAGUUCUUCACCACAAUGUAUCAACAUUUCUUGGAUGGGAAGGAUAUUGACUUUGACUAUGCAAGUGUGGAUAACAAUGACGAGUAUGAUAUUGGUGAAAACUUGGAACUAGAUGAACAAGAAAAAUACUUUGAUGGAGAGGAACCAUGUGACAUCAAUUCAAUCGAUUCAUCAAGUUGUGAAGAUGUGAUGUAUAAGCCCCCAGUAAGAUGCUCAGAUAUUGAAUUCAAAAUCCAAACCUUGACUGUUAAAUCUGACUGCAAUUCUCCAAGUUAUACUAAAGUUAGAGAUAACUUACAAAUGAACCAAAAUAAUGAAGACGACGAAGAUGAACUCGAUGCUUAUAUGAAAACUAUUGAGAAACAGCUUCAAAGUCAAUAACCAAAGUGUGUGUAGCCAUGACCAUGAUGCAAUGAAAAUCCAACAACCCUAAAUGAACAAACUACUCGAAUUAAUAACACCUUCAAUUCAAGUUGAAAGCUUCAACAAUGUGGACAACGGUGAAAUCGAUAAUUUUCUGCCAUUAUUGCAGGCGAAGAAGCGAUGAGGAAAACGAGGAAAGUAGUGCCCUAUUGAAAAAAGAAAAUAAGAAUGCUACAUGUAAUACGUUACAAUGCGAUCAACCAAAGUUUGGGGCCGAGAUGAACUACAAACAUUGCCAGUACCCCUCCACUUGUGGAAUACAAAAUGCCAACUUCCAAGGAAUGCAUUCUACUACAAAAAAUGUUUCUAAAAAUAAAAUUGAGUCGUCAGACACACCCAACCCUCUUCAAGUCAGUAAUACGAAAUCACUUGCCUAUCUUAAAAACGGAACAAUGGGCAAUGAAUCAUCGGCUAUCGGCAUUCCAAAAUUGGCAAUUGGUGAUCAAAUUUCAGCCUCAUCCGCCCAGAAGCCGCCAAUUGUUUUAAAGGCUACUAAAUCUGUUUCUGACAACACAGUGUCUGCCAAUUCACCUCUUUGGAGACAAAUGGAAAGCCUGAAUUCAGUUUUGGAUGCCAGACCUCCAACUAUGAAAUAACCCUGCGUUAAUGAAGCCUGCAGAAUAUUUUAUAAGAUAUGUAGCUACUCAUCAAUUAGUUAGCACAUGCAAAAUAAUACACAUUACGUUUAAUUAAAUUCCUCCAUCUCUGUUCCUUGACUGACGCAUUGAACGGCAGCACUGAAUUGACUUGACCCAACUUUAUUACUGCAGAAUAACUUAUUUACUUUAUGUUAUUAAUUCGAAGUUAUUGUGUUGUAAUAAAAAGAUACAAAUAAUUAUAAGUAUUUA